UCUCUCUAACUCAUACCUUGGCCUUUUCCCUCCCUCCUCUCUCUCUUAGAGGAGAAGGCGAAGGAAGGAGACUUUCCCUCGUCUUUAUAAAUUCUUUCGAGCUGGCUUUCUUUCGUUUCAAAGAUCGCUCUUGUAUAUUUUUCUUCUCGCGCUCUUGGGGUCGAAGGAGAGGGAGAUGAAUCCGGCGCCGGUGAUCGUGCCGUUGGUGGCCAUGGCUGUGAUUGUAGCCCACCUGGCCGUAUUCUCGGCGGCUGCCGGCGGGAGGUUCCCGGCGACGCUGACGCUGGAGAGGGCCGUGCCGGUGCGGGGGGUCGGGUUGGAGCACCUCAAGGCCCGGGACCGGUUCCGUCAUGGACGGAUGCUGCUGGGGUCCUCCUCGCCGUCGCCGGCCCCCUCAUCCGGUGUCGUGGAUUUCACCGUCGAGGGCUCCGCGGAUCCGUUCACCGUUGGGCUUUACUAUACCCCUGUGACAUUGGGGAACCCUCCAAAAGAAUUCUAUGUUCAGAUUGAUACAGGCAGCGAUGUCUUAUGGGUGACUUGCAGUCCUUGUAAUGGAUGCCCGACUUCUAGUGGACUCAAUAUCCAGCUGGAUUUCUUCAACCCUGAUAAUUCGUCCACUGCAUCGCGAAUCGCUUGCUCGGAUGAUAGGUGCACCUCUGCCAUCCAAAGUGGAGAGGCAGUCUGCUCUAAUUCCAGUUCUCAGAACUCACUGUGCAGUUACUCUUUUCAGUAUGGUGAUGGAAGCAGCACUUCUGGAUACUAUGUAUCCGACACGCUACACUUUGGCACUAGAAAUGGGAAUGACCAGACUGCAAACUCUUCGGCCACCAUUGUUUUUGGAUGUAGCACCUCAGAGUCUGGAGAUCUGACCAAGUCGGACAGGGCUGUUGAUGGGAUUUUUGGGUUUGGACGACAAGAUAUGUCCGUCAUUUCGCAGCUGUCCUCUCAAGGUGUGACUCCCAAAGUCUUUUCCCAUUGUCUGAAAGGAUCAGAAAGUGGUGGAGGCAUAUUGGUUCUUGGGGAGAUUGUAGAACCGGGUAUUGUCUAUACCCCACUUGUUCAAUCACAGCCUCAUUACAACUUGAAUCUUGAGAGCAUUGCUGUCAAUGGCCAAACUGUAUCUAUUAAUUCCUCUGUGUUUACAACAUCAAGUACACAAGGAACCAUUGUUGAUUCAGGCACCACACUGGCUUACCUUGCAGAAGACGCUUAUGAUCCCUUUGUCAAUGCAAUAGUUGCUUCCCUGUCAUCAUCAGUACAAUCCGUUGCUGCAAAAGGAAACGAAUGUUUUGUUACAUCUAGCAGUGUUAAUGAAUCAUUUCCUUCUGUUACACUAAAUUUUUCGGGUGGUGCAUCCAUGUCAUUAAAGCCUCAGGACUAUCUUCUGCAGCAGGGUUCCGUUGACAAUUCUAUUAUAUGGUGUAUUGGUUGGCAAAAAAACCAGGGUCAAGGAAUCACAAUAUUAGGAGACCUUGUUCUAAAAGAUAAGAUAUUUGUUUACGAUUUAGCUAAUGAGCGGAUAGGCUGGGUAAAUUAUGAUUGUUCUCUUGGGGUGAAUGUUACUACAUCUGUUAAGAAUGAGUACGUCAACAGUAGCAGUCAGCCGGACGCGAGUGGUUCAUCAACCACUGCAGCAUUUUGGAAGCAGCAGCCAGCUGACAUUGCAGUAUUCGUCAUGUAUUUUUUUAUUCUUGCCAUCUUACAUCGAUAGAAGAACAUAUGGGGAUUGUAAUUCCAUUAUUUAUUCAUGUAUUUAGAACUUGAUUCGUUAGUCAUAUAGAUGUCAAUUGAUAGAGCCUUCUUACUGUA